AUGAGCCUUCUUCCCGCCCUAACGCCAACUUCCCUUACCUCUCAUCAAAAUCCCAAAAACCAACCUUUAUCUUCUGUCCCAAAUCACCAAAUCUCCCUUCAGCAUCCCUUACAAUCUGUAGUCUCAUGGACCUCUUCAAUUUCUCGUCAUUGCCGCGCUGGCCGACUCUCUGUGGCUGUCCAAGAGUUUAAACGCAUGAGACUUGCUGGUGUUGAGCCUAAUCAUAUCACCUUUGUUACCCUUCUUUCGGGUUGUGCUGAAUUUCCAUUAAAAGGUCGGGAUCUAGGUUCUUCGAUUCAUGGGUAUGUUUGCAAAUUGGGGUUAGAUAUAGACGACGUGAUGGUAGGCACCGCGCUCGUGGAAAUGUACGCUAAAGGAGAACGGGUGGAAGUGGCUAAGUUGGUUUUUGAUCUGAUGAAGGUGAAGAAUUCGGUCUCAUGGAAUACGAUGAUUGGUGGUUAUAUAAAGAAUCGGGAGUAUGAGAAGGCAGUUGAGGUGUUCGAUGAAAUGCCUGAACGAGAUGUUAUUUCUUGGACCGCCCUGAUUAAUGGGUUUGCUAAGAGGGGUUUUUAUGAAGAAGCUUUGGAUUGGUUUCGUGAAAUGAUAAUCUUUGGGAUUGAACCUGAUUAUGUGAGCAUCAUAGCUGCUCUCACAGCUUGUGCUAAUUUGGGUACUCUUACCGUUGGCUUAUGGGUUCAUCGGCUUUUUCUGAAGCAAAGCUUUAGAAACAAUGUUAGAGUAAAUAAUUCAUUGAUUGAUAUGUAUUCUCGAUGCGGAUGUAUAGAGUUUGCUCGUGAAGUUUUCGACAAGAUGAAGGAGCGAACACUGGUAUCGUGGAAUUCGAUCAUCGUGGGGUUUGCUGUUAAUGGGUUUGCAGAUGAAGCUUUGAAAUUUUUCGAUGCAAUGCAGAUAGAAGGGUUUAAACCAGAUGGGGUCAGCUUUACUGGAGCACUUACAGCUUGUAGCCAUGCAGGUUUAGUAGAUGAAGGGCUCCAUUAUUUUGAUAUUAUGAAAAGAGUUUAUAGGAUAUCUCCUAGGAUCGAACAUUUUGGUUGCAUAGUUGAUCUUUAUAGCCGUGCUGGGAAAUUGAAAGAAGCAUGGAACGUAGUACAAAAUAUGCCUAUGAAGCCAAACGAAGUUGUAUUGGGGUCACUGUUAGCUGCAUGUAGGAAUCAUGGGGACAUUAACUUAGCCGAAAGGAUAGUGAAGAACCUUGUGGCAUUGGACCCUGGUAGUGAUUCCAAUUAUGUACUGCUCUCAAACAUAUAUGCAGCAGUUGGAAGAUGGGAGGGAGCAAGCAAGGUUAGGAGAAGAAUGAAAGCACUUGGGAUACUAAAGAAACCAGGGUUUAGUUCAAUUGAGAUCGAUGGUUGUGUUCAUGAAUUCGUCGCCAGUGACAAGUCACAUAUGGAAAAAGAUUGUAUUUAUGCAACGCUAGAGUUGCUCGCCUUUGAUCUAGUGUCAUCCGGGUAUGCUCCUGGAAUUGUUGCAGGACAAUUGUAUGAAAGUGAUUAAACCCAUCAAUGAGUAACAAGAAACAAGCGCAUUGAUUCUU